AUGGCUGGCAGCGCAGACCUUAGAGCUAUUACAUCAAAAACAGGUGAACAUGCAGUUAGAAGGCCACGAGGCAGGCCAGCCGGGUCCAAAAACAAGCCUAAACCACCCAUCGUUAUCACCAGAGACAGUGCAAAUACUCUUCGGGCUCAUGCCAUGGAGGUUAGCCCAGGGUGUGACAUUGGCGAGAGCUUAACUACUUUUGCUAGGAGGAAGCAACAGGGGAUCUGGGUGCUAAGCGCAGCUGGGUUUGUAAGCAAUGUUAUGUUGCGCCAACCAUCCCAAUCACCGGGCAGUCCUGGUUCUGGGCCUGUAGUAACCCUUCACGGACGGUUCGAGAUUUUAUCAUUGGUUGGUUCAGUACUGCCACCACCGGCUCCACCGGGGGUAGCUGGCUUAGCAAUAUAUCUAGUUGGCCCUCAGGGCCAGGUUGUGGGUGGUGCCAUUGCAGGCCCACUGAUGGCCUCAGGGCCGGUUGUGAUAAUGGCUGCCACAUUUAUGAAUGCCACUUUUGAUAGGUUGCCGAUGGACAAGGACGAAGUGGUCGCAGCAACUACCACACACGAUCAACGUCACCAUCGUUUCAUUGGUCUUUCGGAUAUCUAUGGGCCCCCACAGAGUGUGCUUUCUAACCCCAACCUCUCUCCUCCGGACAUCUAUACUUGGUCAACAGGGCGACCAUUGUCGAAGGCAUGAGAAUUUUCUUAA